UCAUUUAAAAUUGGAACUUGUUCAUCUUAUGCAAACGCAAUGGAAAAAUCAUCCAAGGAAUUGCAACAAGAGAAAGAGUUAAAAAGUAUAUAUUACAGUCAGAAUAACAGAGACAAUUGUAAGUGCUUGAACUAA